AUGCCUAUGACUACAUUUUUGAAGGAACAAGGGGUUCACUUCCAUUUACAAGGGAUGGUCACCGAUCUCAAAUUGUAUCCUGCCAGCGACCCAACAGCUAUCUCGGAAAUUGUGAUUCUGGAAAAUGGAAAGGAAACAUCCAUUACAGUGGAUCCAGUUGACAUAGUCUUCGUGGAACACAAUCUCAAGAAAAGACGCCUAGGGCAACUCGUCCCUUGGGUAAAGGCUUUCCUGUCAAAUCGAAGCACAAAGAUCCGCAUGCCAGAAGGCACUUCUGGUCCAAUACCAACACCAACGGGAAUUCCGCAAGGGUCGCCGAUUCCGCCCAUUCUCUAUCUGAUCUACAAUGCAGACCUGAUUGAGAAGUGCGGAAGCGGAGUGACCAGUAACGGCUGGGUGGAUGAUGUCUGCUUUAUGACCAAAGGAGAUAGCGAGCGAGAGACCAUCAGGAAGCUCAAAACUGCUUGCGGGAAGGCCGAACAGUGGGCCAGAAAUCAUGCCUCAGUAUUCGACACGAAGAAGUACGUGCUCGUGCAUUUCGUAAAUACGAAAGAAGUCGAGCCUCGGUACACACCACUGUCACUGCAGGGGCACACAGUACCUGCGACAAGGACGGCGGAACGCUACCUGGGCUACUGGCUUGACCCCGGCUUGGAGUUUCAGCAUCACCGCGAAAAGGCAAUUUCGAAGGCAAGCGUGUCCCUCCAGGCGCUACGAAGCUUGGCUGGCUCGACAUGGGGGGCCUCUCUUUCAGCUAUGCGCAGGAUCUACCAAGCGGUAGUCAUCCCACAGAUGCUCUUCGGAGUAUCGGUCUGGUACCACCCAUUGAUGAUCAGCAAGACGAAGGCACGAAUGAUCAGUCAACCGUUCGUGGCCAUCCAGAAGCGGGCAGCAUGCCUGAUCAGCGGAGCUUUCAGAACGACAGCAGCAGAGGCACUGAACACAGAACUACACCUACCACCAAUUGCGAUCCAUAUGAACCGCCUCGUAAGAGAAACGGCGUUACGGUUACGGACUGGACCAGUAUAUCACGUGAUAUACUCUGAGCUGCUCAUGAGUCUGAGCCCGGACUGA